AUGGCUGGCAACCUGCCUCAGUACCCGAGCAACCGGAUGCCCGCGGCCCAGAACUUUCCUGAAAAUUCCUUUGUUACAUAUCAACAUGUUCCAUUUUCUUGCAACGCCAACCCAGAGUAUACCAUGGCAAAUCAGUACGCACAGCCCGGAUACGCAACCACCCCCACCGAACCGGCACAGGUUUCCUACGACAACAGCGGCGGCCAGAGUAGUAGCGGUAGCGGCGGAGAGGAGGUAGACAAUGAGCCUAUUACGACACACGACGGAAAGUUGCGCUGCAACUGGCUGAAUAAGAAGAAGGGGACGCGGUGCGACACAAUCUGUGAUCGGCCAGGCGAACUCACCAAACACCGCAAAAACCACACCCCGCGGGUGAAAUGCGAGGUCCCCGACUGUCGCGCCCAAAGCAACACGUUCGCUGAGGAGAAGGAGCGCUAUCGCCACUACGCGCAACACCAUGCGGGAACCGUGUGGGCCGACCACCCCCGCGCCAGAGCCUUCAUGAUGGUCUGCGAUGUUUGCGGGUACCGGGGUCGCAAGGACAACGUUAAGCGUCACCGGGAGAAGAAACACUGA